UGACCCCACCAAGCUAUAUCAGUCGUCAGUCUUCCUGGUAAUGUACACUACACCAGGACACGUUCGUAUUUAGACACUGGAGGAUUAUAUUAAUGCCGUUAACCUGAUGGUGUGACCAGAAGAUCUGUUAGAGUAUCCUAGAGUGACACAAUGGGCAGAAGACGAGACAAAACAGCUGUCAAUCCUCUCACCAAAUAUUUCCUGUUCUUUGAAAAUUUUGUGAUAUGGAUUGGCGGGCUGGCCAUCACGGGUUUGGGAGCGUAUGUGCUGUGGGUUAAACAGAAGGUGGUAAAGGACGCGUUCGACUUCUUCCUCGACCCAGCCACCAUUAUGGUGACAGCGGGCUCUGUCGUCGUCUUCAUCUCGUUCUUCGGCUGUAUGGGCGCACUCAGGGAAAACACGUGCUUUCUCAAAGCAUAUAACAUAUUCCUGUCCAUUAUGUUCUUUGGGGAGCUGGCUCUGGUUAUCUUCGUCUUCGUGUUUUACUUCGUCCCGGAUGCCCGAGAAAAGCUUGGCCUGUUCCCCGGAGACAGCAUGAAGGAUGCAAUACAGAAAUAUGGUGUUGUGGAUGACGAGGACAUGGUGAACCUCAUAGACAAUAUACAGAAAACGCUACACUGCUGCGGUCUGAGUGACAAUGAGGACGGUUACAAAGACUGGACCGAUAACAUGUACUUUAACUGUACCCCAACAGGAAAGAGUCCAGAGAAGUGCUCAGUACCGCCGUCAUGUUGUAAAUUAAAGCCGGGAGAAUACAUUAACAUCCUGUGUGGCCGUGGGGUGAUGAAACCCACUGAUACCGGUGGUGUCAUCUCUCUGUCGGAGACAGCCAAGACGUUGGGGAUUUACAAGGUGGGCUGUCUACGGGCUCUGGGGGAGUGGAUCAACGACAACGCUAUCGUCCUAGGAGGAAUCAUACUAGGAAUUUUAAUCCCACAGAUAUUUAUAAUGUGUUUGGCCAGAUCUCUAAGAGACCAAAUCAAUCUCCAGAAGAUGAAGUGGAGGCGUUACCACCCUGGUCCAUCACAUGAUGAUCACUUCCACAAAUGACACCGACGAUUGUUACAAAAACAAUCAAAACGAGUGAAAUAUUUUUACAACACGUGUUUUUGUCCGUGUUAUAUUGACAUUGUUUCGAAGGCUACGAUCUCAAAAGUUUUACUCGGUUAACGAUUUGUCGAAAUUAACAAAAACAGCGUCAAAUGUUUCCGUAAACAGUGACGUCACAAAUAUCACGUGACAGGUGACAGUGCCAUAUCCAUAUGGCGGUUUCUUCAAACAUUUCCUGAGUAACAAAGAUCAAAUUAACAAAAUAUUCAACAGUAAUGGUCCAUUUUUGACAGUCGCAUACAAUUCCGUGUAUUUUAAUUCUGGUAAUUUACUCCAGAUUGAGGAGGAUGUAUUAUGUUUACAGGAACAUUGACAACACAAAACUUAUAAAAAAACAAAACCAAACAACUCAUUCAACUGUAAUGUCUCUGUUAUAAUUGAAAGGUUUUUAUUUAAACUAAAACAUAUUAUUGCAUUAUUACCGAUACGAUAGUUUAUUUCAUAUUUAGUAAGAGCUGUAAAUAUCGAGAAAUCUUUACUGCAACGGAUUCCAAGAUUCCUGUAACACAAGCAAAAAGUAUGUAUGUGUGACGUUUCGAUGACUAGUACGGUAUGCACUCUGUCACCUUUAUCAUAUGUUUUUGUCUGAUGAGGGUGACAGAGUACAUACCCUACCAGUCAUCGAAACGUCACAUAUGAACACCUUUUGGUUGUAUGACAGGAAUCUUUUCAUAAUUCAUACUUACCAACCUGAAGAAAUAACAGAUUCCAAGUGACAGAAUUGGUGAUGAACAUAAUAAUGGCUAUUUUCAUUUAAACCAACGUAAGUAUUUUUGGAUGCUAUUGUUUGUUUAAGGUCUUCACAGCAUAAAAGGCAUUGCGUGAUUCACUGUGUCGUAUGUUAUCUAGUCAACAACCAGACAUGACGUAAAUAUUGAUUUAUAUCAGCAUGACAUUUCCCUUUCUUUAUCACCUGUUUAAUUAUGUUCGUUUUGGGCUUUGUGAUUGCACACAUUGUUGAUUUGUUAGCUGAUCUGUGAUAGGGGCGGUAUAACAUUGAAUGAAAUAAAUAAUUUCUUUUGUU